UUCACUGAAAGGUAGAUGCGCUUAGGCUCGUAUUUGCCAUCUCGAACUUUAUUUUGUGACUCCCUCUGGAACCAGGAACAUGUUUGCAGCUGUAACGCUCCUCGUCUUCAUGUGCUUGACUGCCACCAGCCAUGCAGAUCACCAUCAGCCUUGUCAUACACCCAAUAUGACAGGAUUAAUGUCUGUGAUAACCUUAAAGGGUGAAGUGAAAGCGUUUGGUGCUUUCUCUUAUGAUUCAAUGGGCAAGAAACUACGGUUCAGAUCAAACGAGAGCUACCCCACAAACACAUCAAUAGGUUUGGAUCUGCUGAUGUUCUUCGAUGAGGGGGUCUUCUAUGAGAUCGACACCAAGAACCAGAGCUGUGAGAAAAAGGCGCUGCAGUGCACCCUGCACCCUCUAGACGUCCCCGACGAGGCAACGUACCUGAGCACACUGAACAUCGGGAGUUCAUCCAUUGAAGGGGAGGGACUAAAAGUCAACAUAUGGACAGGAUCAAUGGCAGACUCGAAAGGCAAGUACUCCAUGUCUGUAACUAUGGGAUGUUUGCCUGUGUCCACGUUCUACAUGUGUGAGUCCUCAUCAUUCCUCAUCAGCAUCAUGGAUAUUGAAACGGAGAUCAAGGACCCUGAUCUGCUCCUGGUGCCCUCCUUGUGUCAGGGCCAGCCUCUGGAGGAAACACCUGAAGGGACGGUCAAUAGCUUCCUCAACGAGUUCAUGUAGAUCAAACAGCUCCAUCCAAGCUUUAGACUUUCCUCUGCUUUCUCGUGUGACACUGCACUACAUCACAUCUGUUUGCAUCUUCCACUCGCCUAUGAAGAUAUGGGUUUGAAUGGAUCAUCCUGUAUACAUACACUUUGGUGUAAAAGGAAGAGAAAUGACAUGGAUUAUAGAACAUAAUAGUCAUAAUUACUAACAGUUUGGUGGCUUUUCAAGUUGGUACUGCUUACAAAACCUGUAAGAUAUGAUUAAUGGAACAAUAAAAUGUCAAAGCUGUCAAA